AUGGUUCCCUGGGAUGCGCCUACUUUUGCUGGUUUGGAGUUAACUCGUUCACCUAUAGGCCGAUGGAAAUCCGUUUCGUACUUUCUGGUUAACGAAGCUGUUGGAUUAACUGAUGAGGUUUUGACAUUUUCUGGGAAUAUUGCACAUGAUCCUGAGACUUGGUUAGAUUUUCCUGUCGAAGAUGAUGAAGAUUGUGAAGCACCAAAGAGCAUUGACAAGCGAACCCGGAUUUGGGAUGAUACCAACAAGUUCUCUAAGGUCGAUCUGAUCAUUAACCAAGCACCCGGUGCACCCUUACCCUCGGGUAUACCCACUUACUCCGUAGGGAUUGUGAAUGUGUGCGCAUCUGGUUGUGCUAUCUCUCAGAUUCAUCUCUGCUAUGGGUGGUUCAGCUCUGCCUUCCCCAUCGGCCCAAUGAUCUUCAAGCGCAUCCGUUUCAAUGAUUGCGUGAUCAAUGCUGGCAGAACCCUCCACAGUGGCCAGUCUUUUAAAUUUCAGUAUGCUAAUAUCUGCAGUUACCCGCUUUCUAUUUCAUCAAUGAGUUGCUUAUUGAUAAUUAGAUACUACUAUACUAUUAGUCAUUUACUUGCAUAUUUUGAGUGA